AUGAUUCUGGAUGAUGCAAAAAGGUAUGUAACAAGAAGAAUAAAGAAAGUUGAGUUUCUUAACACCAACUUUCCCCAUGAUUAUGAUGCAGUAAACACAGAAUACAGAAGAUUAAGGAAUGAGCUUGAUGUUUUGACUGCUGUGGUAGAAAAUCUAUCAAACUAUGAAUUUGGAGGCGCUGUAAUGAAAAAUUUUGCAAAGCUAGGAAACAAGCUGUCAUCUACGACCAGUCUCAAAAUGUUUGGGUCCAACGACAUUUACACUCAGGCUGCUAUUGUUGGAGAAGAGCUGUCAAACACAACUCAUAGUAGUUCAAUCAAAGCCAUUGGAUCUAAGUUCUCUGAAGCAUACCAAAAGAUCUCUGCUGCUAAGACUGAGAUGAAUAAUAAACUCAAGGAAGUCAUUGGAUCCCUAAAGAUAUUAAAGGAAGAAUCCAAAACAAUCGAUGGUCUUAGAAGAAAGGCAGAGGAUAUGAGAUACGAUCUAGAAGAGAAAAUCCAAGAAGGAAGUAGUUCGAAGGUGCAGAUUGAUGCACUGGCCAGCGAUUUCAAUACAAAGUCUCUUGAGGCUCUACGAGGGAUGAAGACAUUUAUAGGUGAUGUUGGGAUUUCGGGGCUGCUAAAGAAGACUGCGUCGAUUCAUAGAGAAUUUUCAGAAGAAUCAUAUAGGGUACUGUCAAAUGUUCAAUGA